AUGAAUUCCAUCCCGGAAGAUCUCUUUUUCGAGAUAUUUUCAAGACUGCCUUCAAAGUCAAUCGCCAGGUUUCGUUGCGUAUCGAAGCUAUGGGAGUCCAUGCUUCACCGUCCCUAUUUCACAGAGUUUUUCCUGACCAGGUCCUCUGCUCGUCCACGUCUCUUAUUUGCAUUCCGAAGAGUAUCUGAAAAAAGAGUUGACUACUUGAGGUUCGUCUCGUUGCCUCAGCCUCACAAUCCAUACGAAACCUUGUCCUCUACCGUAGUAGCCGCUGAUCUUCAUAUGACGUUCCCUAUGCCGGGAUAUAUCGAUGGCUAUGCCUCUGGUUUGGUCUUGAUAACAAACGAUCAGGACCAUGUGAUAUGUAACCCUAACACGGGCCAGUAUUCGAUCUUACCUAAAGUGAUAGAGCAGUACAUGUGCUCGGUAAGCUUUUUAGGGUUUGAUCCGAUUGACAAGCAAUUCAAGGUAUUGUUGGCCAAUGAAGGUGAGUUUAGAAUCCUGACAUUAGGAACUGGAGAAGUGAGUUGGAGGAAGGUACAGUGUUCAUUACCCUAUUGUACUAGUUGCUCGGAAUGGAUAUGCAUCAACGGAGUAGUGUAUUGCUUAGUUAAAAAACUUGAUGAAACGUUGGAGAUAUUUUGCUUUGAUGUUAGGUCUGAGAAAUCUAAGAUAAUCGACGUGGAGAAUUUUUAUUUUUGCCGUUCAAGAUUGGUUAACUAUAAGGGUAAACUAGGUGUAAUUCAUAGGUACCGUGACAAGAACAUCUUGGAGUUGCAUACGUGUGUUCUUGAAGAUGUGGAGAAACAUGAAUGGUCGAAACAUGUCUACACUUUUCCACAUGAUUGUGAAAUCGCUCAUCACUUAGAUGACUGUUACAGAGAUGUUUCCGUCGUUGGAGUGACUGCUACGGGUGAAAUUGUUUUGUCGCCAGGGUAUACUUAUCAUAAAGACUCACCUAAGUCUUAUAUGUUCUACUUCAAUCCCGAAAGCAAGAGUCUCCAGAAAGUUCAAAUCCCAGGUUCUGAUGGUUUUUCUGGUAGAGAUUUUGAUGUCUUUGUAGACCAUGUAGAGGAUCUUAAUCUCAACGAUGCAAAGAUACUUAAGUCAAGCAUCUUUGAGUAA